AUGAAUCAUAAACGAUAUUGUUCCUCGAAAAAAACAAAAUUAAAAGAAAAAAAAAAAAAACUAAAUUCCUUCAAAAAAUAAGGGAUAAAUAAAUAAAUAAAAAGUUUUUCCAUUUUCAUGGUCAUACAAUUACCGCCAUUAGAGUCCAAAGUCGGAGUCUCAGCAACAGAAGAGAUUCAUACGCCACAGGAUUUCUCUCCGAGCUAAAUUUCUGAAUCUGGUAUCAAAGUGAUUGCAAAAGCUAGCCCUUAUUUCACUAUAGCAACGCAAAAUCCAGAUCUUUCGUUUUUUCGUGUUUUUCUUUGGAAUUGGGAAUUGGAGGAAUCAGGAGGAAUAUGGUGGUGAGGAUUUCAGUGAAGCCCACCUUCACAAUAGCGGUGGUCUCUCUCUCUCUUCUUCUCGCCAUGCUUCUCCUGUCUCCCUCUUCUCCUUUCUCACAAACUCAAAUGCGACUCAUUUCCUCUUCACAACAUGAUGAAAAGGAUAUAUGGAGUGUACGGAGGAUGUUUGAGUGGAAACCUUGCAAGUGGUGGCUACAAGGACAUCUUCCUGUUCUGCCAGCCCAAAGUAAUGGAUAUAUCCGAGUGGAUUGCUAUGGCGGUCUUAACCAGAUGAGAAGAGAUUUGUGUGACGGUGUUGGUAUUGCCCGUCUUUUAAAUGCAACGUUGGUUUUGCCAAAGUUUGAAGUGGCUGCCUACUGGGAUGAAUCAAGUGGUUUUGCAGAUGUAUUUGAUGUUGACUACUUCAUUCAGCAAAUGGAGGGCUUCAUUAAAGUUGCCAAAGAGUUGCCACCAGAGAUUGCAUCAAAGAAACCAGUCCGUGUAGAUUGUAGCAAACGCAAAGGUCAAUUUGAUUAUAUUGAAAGUGUACUUCCUUUGCUUUUGGAACAUCGUUAUAUUUCAAUGACACCUGCUAUGAGCCAAAGAAGGGACAGAUAUCCACAGUACGCGAAAGCUGCUCUAUGUCAAGCUUGUUACAAUGCACUACGCCUCACAAGAUCCUUGGAGAAGAAAGCCUCUGAACUUUUUGAAGCCAUACCUCAACCCUUCCUGUCACUUCACCUUCGAUUUGAACCUGACAUGGUUGCUUACAGUCAGUGCGAGUACACAGGCCUUUCUCCUGGCUCCAUCAAAGCAAUUGAGCAAGCACGGGGAGAUAGGAAACCAUGGACCGGAGAACCAGCCGAGCUUUGGAGAAAACGGGGGAAAUGUCCCCUUACACCCAACGAGACAGCCUUCAUACUCCAAUCACUUUCCAUCCCAACAGACACAAAUAUAUAUUUGGCAGCUGGGGAUGGUAUAAUGGAAAUGGAAGGAUUAACUUCUAUUUACACCAAUGUAGUUACAAAGUCUAGCCUUCUUAGUGGUGAAGAUUUUAGAAGAAUGCAUGGGAACACUAAAGCUGCUUUGGAUUAUUACGUGUCCAUUAACAGCGAUUCAUACAUCGCAACAUACUUUGGAAACAUGGAUAAGAUAGUUGGAGCAAUGAGAGCUUUUAAGGGCUUGUACAAGACUCUCUUCUUAAGCAGGAAAGCUUUCGCAGAUUUCACUGCGCAGGGUUUGAGAGGGAAGGAGUUAUCGGAAGCCAUGUGGAAAGCUCAUCGCAAUGAUUUUGUAAUGGGGAGAGGAUCAGCUUUGCCUGAUUGUUUUUGCGAGUUUAAAUUGUGAUUACUAAGUUAGGUUUCAUCUCAUGAAAAGAUCAAAGAAUCUGUGUGGCUAUCGUCACUGACGAGGAGUCUGGUAGGAUUAAGAUUUUUUUCCCCCCCUUAUGAUCCUGUUUUAGGGAGUUCUUUCUUUGUUUUAACGAAUUUUUAUGUAACUUGCCCCAUUCGUUGGCCCAAUGUUCAUGGCCGUUGUGAGAUUACUGAAACUGAAACAAUUUUCUUUAAAGGGUCGUGUUACAUGUUUGUACAAUGUUGAGAACUUUUUGUAGUGUAAGAAAUUUUGUGAA